AAAUGAAACUACCAACUUUGGUCCAAUUGGACCGAAACGGCAACACUGUAUUCAACAUGCCUUGACCGUAAGGCAGAGAAACACGUAACAGCUAAUUCAAAGUAUGUAAUCCAAAAAGAAGUUUCAUUUCAUUUGAAUAAAGUUUCAUUGAAACUGAAAAAGGUUUCAUUUAUGCCCCUAUUACGGUUUACAACUCAACUCCAUUUCAGUUGAAAACUUACAAUUUGGUAUUAUCGAUAACAACUCAACCUGUCAAAAAAUUUUUGGUUGUAUUUAUAUCGUCUUACAACUUUUUUGUGGUAUUACCGUUUACCACCCUGUGCUAGUUCGGUUGACAAAAGUAUCGAAAAUCGACAACUCAUUACUAGCAGUUCUUUUGAACAAAUUUUUAAGCGAAAAUGGAAAGCGGGUAAUUAAAUUUUUUUAAUUUGUCUUAAACCAAUAUCUUAAUCAGGAAUUUCUUACAAAUUUGUAGAAAAAACAAAGUUACAACAAAACAACAGUUUGAAAAACUAGUUGAGCUGAUGGAGCAGCAUCCCGAAACUGGACGACGCAAGCCGCAAUUUGGAAGCAGCAAAAGUAAAAGCAAGGGAUUGUGGGAGCAAUUUGCCAUAGAGCUAAACAGUUUAGGACCACCAACAAGAACUGCGCACGAGUGGGGACGAGUUUGGAUACACUAUAAGGCAAAUUUAAAAAGGAAGCUUGCCAACAAUCGCAGCAAUAUUAUUGCAACUGGUGGUGGUCCGUCGCAAGAGGUUUCUUUAAAUCCACUAGAAGAAAGUGUUGCGGAACUUAUUCAGAUAAGGGAACAAGUUGCAUCCAGUGGCCGGGCGUUCGGGGUAGAGAAUAUACCACCGGUGAUGGAUGGCGAAGAAAUAUAAGACGGCUUAGUUGCAGCUUCGUCCAUGGUUGAUGAGCCCCAGGUAACAAACAUUGAAGAUCAGCCCUAUUCGUCAGCAUCGCGUGUACAAAAUCGCCGCAGAAGCUGCAAUUUAGAAACUGAGCGUCUAGA